AUGGCAAGGCAGAUAGCAAAUUUUGGACGCCUUGUUGACAGCGUGUUUUUCACAACGGUUGCCCUCUUCAUCAGCGGAUUUGGCUUGUUCUUGUUGGGUGAACUCUACAAGAAUGUUGUCCAGCAGGAGGCGAAGAAGCUAAGCAAAGUUGCUGGUGUGGUCGCCAGGCUCUUUCCUUUCCCAGACAAGAAAUUUGAGUUCAGCCUCACCCAUGUGGUGGUCUUCUCGAUGCUGAUCGGUCUGCUCUGCAUGCUCCACCAUCCUGCGCAGGAUAUUCUCCAGCACGAUGCGGAGAGGGAGCAAAAGGAGAGGAAGAGACGGGAGGAGGCUGAGAAGAGGAAGCGAAAGGAGGAGAAGAAAACCCAAGGCGACAAAUGA